AUGCCGGCAUCACCAGCACGCCAUUGGCACCGACACCAACAACACCAACAACACCACCGCCAUUUCCACCAAACCGGACUGUCGGGACUGGCUUGGCCACCAGCUUGCCUUGGUCACAAUAUACACUCUGGCCUUGUCAAUGAGGCGGCGGCGGCGGCGACACAUCAGCUCGGACGAGACGCCUUCGUGACGGUCCAGGUGGGAUUGAAGUCACCUUCGUUACACUUCACUGUUGGCAACAUCUCAUCGCACCGAUCAGCGCACCAACCCAUCUGCCUCGUAGUACUUGGGCUUUUUGAACUGUUUCCCUUCUUCAUCUUCAAGUCAAGUAAAGCGGUUGGUACGACUGCUGCUGAUGAUGAUGAUAAUGAGGAUGAUGGCAUAGCAGGGACGAAUGAAAUGUUUUCAUCCAGCCUUCCGGAUGAGUAG